AUGAUACUGUGUACAAACGCUCGAAAUUCGUCAGUCCGAGUUUACAGUCCAGCGUGCGUCAGACACCAUUGCUUACGCAGCAACGCAAGCAAGAGCUUCCACGAGGACUCGCGGCUUGUAUACGAUCCAGAACUUCCGCUGGGGAGAUUCUGUGCAAACGGAAUUAGCUACUUGGCUCUAAGUGGUGGUCUCAGUUUCGGGAAGACUAGGUUAGUUGUCCGGUCUUCUGUCUCAAUAUGUAUCUAUAAAGGUGAAUCUGCAAGGCGGAUAGGCAUAGAGGAGCACGGCGCUGGAACAAGAAAUAUUGCAACUCGAAAUUCAUUGAUAUUGUUCAUACAAUGUUGUGAGAGGCCUGCUAGAAUGUAG